AUGUCCACGCCAAAAGAUGACGGGGGCAACCUGUCGUCGACACCGACGCCAUCCAGCCAUAUCCAUCGUAACCAUAGCUCCCAAUGGUCGGCCUCCGAAACACCAAGUCACCACAACCAAGGCACUUCCUAUUUUAAUGCCCAACCGUCCCCUCGACCCACACCGAUUCUUGUCCGCAGCUCAUCUGCUCACUCAAUGCGUCGAGGGCCGCGAAGCACCAGCGUUAGUAGCUCUCAUGUGACUACCCGUGGUUUUCGUGACGAUGCUUUGAGCGAGGCUGACGAAGACAACGACAACGAGACACCUUCUGAUGACGAGGAACAUGUUAUACGUCGAGGAAAUAGAUCAGGAAAGCAAGCGGCCACGGAUCCCCCCACUCAAGGUGAUGAAGAGAGCGCUGUAGACGAUGAAGACCCCAUCACUCUUCGGGAUCGUCAGUCACUCAUUAAUGUUGAGCACCCAUUCGGACUGCCCAUCUGGAAGCCGGCGUUAUACAAGAAGAGUCGUUCGGUCACUCGUUACGCCGACCAGGCACUUCAUGCCGUCCCAACCGCCCCUGGCGAGCAUCACAUUAAAUUUGGCAACAUAUGUUGGGUCCUGGUGUUUGGAUGGUGGCUUUCUGGCGUAUGCAUGGUCGUCUCCGGCCUGCUGCGGUUCAUACCACAAGGCGGUGCUCGAUAUUCAACUCUGGUUUACGGUCUGGGCUGGUAUUUGUUCUGGCCAUUUGGCAAAUAUGUGGAGGGUGAAGCUGACGAGGACGACGAUGAAAUCCUAGCGGAGGACGAAGAAUCUGCCAUUCCCCGUGAUGCGAGCUCAGCGACGGACGAAGGAACCAUUCGAGGUGUCCCACUCUCGGAAGCCCCAACAAUCAUGCCGCAACAUGUUCAAACCGUAUCAUGGAAUCCUGUUGUCGAAGAGCGCAGCUCCCUUUUGCAACGAAUCCCUCCUCCAUCUCGCUCAUAUGGUGCAACCGCUAUUUCGACUUCAUCCUCUGCGAGUUCAAUUGGCGCCGCCAAGAUCCCUACCCCUUCAAGCGACGUGCUCGGUCGUAUAUGCUUUUGGCUGGCGUUUAUUUGUAUCAUCGCUCCCCUAAUGCUUUUCGUUUGUCUGCUCUGUUGGGCCUUUGUGGUCACGAUCCCAAUGGCCAAACUCAACUGGGCUUUGAUCAAAUAUAUCUGCGGCCAACCAACCACCUUACGUUUCUGCGCAGCUCCCCCUGCAGUCGUCAUAUCGUCUCCUCAUCCCGAAGCUGAAGCCAGUAGCGAGCCCCUUCCGCCACAAUUCUCCGUCAAGCAUCAUCGUCUUGCCGAAGGGCAGGCGUCUCCUGGCGAGAGUGCGACCAUUUUGCUUUGCAUUUACGACGCUACAGGCUCACAAUAUUACAAAUAUACCGUUGGGGGUGUUAACAUUCUCUUCGUCAACCUCGUCCCCGUGGUUUUCUUUGUCAUAUUCGAUGGCUUCUUCCUCCUAUCCAUCGUCGAACAUCGCGAGCACACUGGACAACAUAUACCUUGGUUGCUUUCCCUUGUGGCUGGACGGGGACUCAUAUUCGUGCUUGCGCUGCUGAGCGUUAUCCCACUCAGUUACUUCAUUGGAAUGGCUGUCGCGAGUAUCUCUGCCCAGAGUAGCAUUGGUAUGGGUGCAGUCAUCAAUGCAACAUUUGGUAGCAUUAUCGAGAUCAUCCUCUACGGGCUCAUGCUCAAGGAGGCCAAGGGCCAUCUUGUGGAGGGUUCGAUUGUAGGAAGCUUGCUUGCGGGUGUGCUGCUUAUGCCUGGAAUGAGUAUGUGCAGUAGUGCUUUGAGAAGGAAAGAACAGAAGUUUAACGCCAAAAGUGCUGGUGUCACCAGCAUGAUGUUGAUCAUGGCAAUUAUUGGCACACUCACACCGACACUGUUUUAUCAGACAUACGGAAAUUUCCAACUUAUUUGCAAAGGUUGUCCAGCUAGCCCGAGAACGGGCGAUAUGCCAUGGAUCUGCGACUCUUGCUAUUACAAGCACCCUGAUCCCGUAAACGACCCCUUCUACCAAUCAACCGUCAAGAGUUUGAUGUAUUUCUGUGCCGCCAUCCUGCUUUUCUCUUAUCUCAUCGGUCUCUGGUUCUCUCUCCGCACGCACGCUUCACAAAUCUGGCAAAAUCCGCAACAGCUUCUUAACCCGUUAGAGUUGCCGAUUCACAAUCAACGUCCUUUCUCGCUUUAUCACCGGCUUGUCCAGCCCACGCCAGGAGGGACUGGAAGGUUACAGCACAAGACCAGUGUACGGAGCGAGCGUUCACAGACCCCAGUCCCACAUCCAACCCUUGCUAUCCAUCAACCGUCGUCUUCGACGACAACCAUUCCAAGCAGCCCAACAAUUCCACGACGUGUCUCCUACGCUCCGCCUGGAUUCUCUCCGGUUCUCGAAAGCGUAGAUCAUGCGGUCAAGGGUGUACAAGGUCUACAGCCGUUACCGGACACCAUGUCGACUGAUGACUUUACGCGUGCUGUCGCUGUCGCGACUGUAAGCGCUUUGAGACAUCAGCAAAUGCACGGAGCUUCUCCGGCCCGGGCACGUGCCUCGGGAGGAGAAGGAGGCGAUGGGGCAGCGGCCCACGGAGGUGGCCAUGGUGGCCACGAAGCGCCCAGUUGGAGUCGGACAACCAGUGCUAGCGUGUUGUUAGUCUGUACCGCAUUGUAUGCUGCUAUUGCUGAAAUUCUUGUUGAUGUCGUUGAUGUCAUCCUUGAGGGCUCUGGGUUAGAUGAAAAAUUCCUGGGUGUCACUCUCUUCGCCCUGGUACCAAAUACGACGGAGUUCAUGAACGCUAUGUCGUUUGCGCUCAACGGAAACAUCGCAUUGAGCAUGGAAAUCGGCUCAGCAUAUGCCUUGCAAGUCUGUCUCCUCCAAAUUCCUGCCAUGGUUGCAUUUUCGGCAUGGUAUGCUCCAGAAAAGAUGGGCGAAGUCGCCACCACUUUCACGCUAAUUUUCCCUCGCUGGGAUGUUGUCGCCAUCAUCCUCUCCAUGUUCCUCAUGACCUAUACCUACAUUGAGGCCAAGAGCAAUUACCACCGAGGCAGCAUCUUGAUUCUAAGUUACCUUGUUCUUACCUCGGGUUUCUUUUUCGCCCCAAGCGACGAUGAAGUUGCUGUCGGUGGUCACGCGUCUGACUUUGCCUCGAGUAAUGUGCGAGAGUUCUCGGCGCUGACGGUCUGGCAGACCGUUCGGUGGUACAUCUCCCGACUGUGGUAA